UGAUGCAUUCAUAGAUUUCCAAUCUGUCAGUCACUUCAUUCCAUUUCCAUAGCAUCCGUCGCAGGCUUCAUCGCCAUCCGGAGUAUGCUGCUUACUAUCUGCAAAGUUCCUGUACAAAUAUGCUUCUCAGCCACUUCAAACGGCUAUGCACAUUAUUUCCUACUCUAAUAGCAUCAACCACGCCGCAAUCUUCCGUUCUAAACACAUCUUCUCCGUCCCCGCUUCCGAGUCCCAUCCAGCGUGCCGUGCCUGCAUGUGCACAGCCAUGCGUUCAGGCCUCACUUUUGGCACGCUUCCCUCUGGCAUGUACCUCACCAUUCAACCUCAACUGUCUGUGCUCGCGUUAUAGUAUUGCCGGAGAAGCACUCGGCGAGGUAGCCCUCGGAUGCAUAUACUCCUCUUGCCCUACCGUCGAUAGCCAGGCUGCCUCAGCAUAUGCCAUCUGUCUUGGACAAAAGGACGCCGUCGUACCUACUCAAAGUGCAUUGACUAUUGUUGCAACAAGCACUAUCCCAUCUACCUCUUCGAUCACAGGUCUACCUACUACUAUUGCUACACAAACCCUCUCGACGCCUACCACUCGUCCUUCCUCCAUCCCUCCCUCUGGCGUCGUGGACACUGACUCAGUAUCUUCCAUGCCACCCGCAUCAUCUCCCACUCAGACGGCAGCAGAAAGCCAAGUACAAAGCCAGUCUCCAAGGACGAUGAAGCCAGCUCAGAUUGCUGGCCUUGCCGUGGCUGCCGCCGCCGUCUUCAUCCUUGCCAUCGGUCUCAUGGCUUUGAGCAUCUUCCUAAGGAGACGAAGGGAGCGGAAGAACGAUGGAGAUGGCUUGGAAAAGGGCAGUGGGCAAUCUGAAGGUGGUCCAAGUCCGUUCGCUGGUUACGUACCUCACACUCCAGCACCCAUCCAGUCAAGUUACCCUCCAAGGUCAAUGCCUCAAGACAAUCGAAGACCAUGGACAAACCCAAGGAAGAACCAGAGGACGCACCAGGAAGGAUUCACCAAUGCCAAUCCGUCACGGCCUAGGCCUCAGCGGAAGAAUGCAGACCAGAACCUCCAACUUUACGCCAUGCAGACACUCCCCAACACUGACCGAAGGCCUCCUACGAAGCCGAGCUUGAACAAGCCAUUUCCUAAAAUUAACACCAACCACAACUUUUCGUCGAACAGGGUGGAUUCACCCCAAUCUCUUUCAUCUGCAGCCCCCAUUGGGGUCGCCAUAAGUGCCGAGUUGCCGGCCGACUCGGUAUUUUCUAAUUCUAGCAGGGCAAGGCAGGAACCGGCGAGCGGUCAAGCAGUGUCGACUCUGAAGGCUCCGGAGGUUGCUAGUCGACGCCCUGACAGUACACUCACGCAGCACACUGUCUUCGAAGAAGAUGAAGAAGCAAUCCGCCGAAGAUCCUCGAUACUGCUACCGACGCCUCCCAUGCCUGUCCCGCCCAUACGCUCUUUACAACCCUCACGGCCUCAUGUUAGCCCAGCCAGCUCUUCUUCCUCCAGACAGCCGGGCCUUUCCUUAAACAUUCCCGUCCGGCACUCGAUCUCGAACAUCGAGCGAAUAGUACCGGCGAAGAUAAAGUCUAAUACACAUCUCCCAUCACCACCGCCUGCGAUCAUACCACUUGCCCCUCCCAUCCGUCUUUCUCCCGUCCGCGACCGUUCCGUAUCUGGGACCACGGGUCGAUCGACACGAAGCAACAGCAGCAACAACGACGUCCCGGACUACUACUUCGGAGACGUCUCGCCGAGGCGUGCGACGCCGAACGCAAGUCCAGCACCAAGCACCAUCAGCCGAGGCAAGCAGCCAGUCAAGACAUCUUCAAACCUCCGACCCAAGACAUCCAUGAGCACUGUGUCUCGAGCGACAUCGCGAGCCUCACUCAGCCACCGGGACUCCAUGUCUUCGCAGACGUCCUUCGAGUCGAUUGAUGGAAACGAUCCAACCCCAGAAGAAGACGACGAGGAUGACAACUACAACAAGCAACUCGCGUCCGACAGCAAACUCUCCCCCGUCGCCGAGUCCCCAAUCUCCAACCUCCGGUACCCAAAGGUACCACGCGCCUCGAACCAGCUCGUCCCCCGCAGCCCUCGCAGUCCCAAGAGCCCCCACAGCCUGCAAAGCCUAGACAGUCCCCGACGCUCAACUCCCCUCGUCCUGAACAGCGUCGGCAGCGGUAACAACCCAUCCACCGCUACUACCAUCAUCAAGGAGCCCUCCGCCCUCCUCGUCAAGCGCCGCGGCGAAGGCGAAGCCCUAAACCUGGGCCGUCAGCUCCAAAUGGACAGUCCCAAGCGCACCGAAGUCCGAAACUACAUGCGCGGCUACCGGCGCCAACUCCGCAACUCAAGUGUGCAAGAGAGCUGGAGCGCCGCGUCCAAAGCCAUCGACGACGACGACCUUCAUCCGAGAGGCAGGACAGCGGCACGCGUGCAGAGCGGACAAUGGCCAAAAAGUCCCGCAAUGUACGACGCCGAUGCCGUCCAGCCCUUCCAUGCAAACCGCGCGCGGGAUCAGAACUACCCUCGACAACACGCACACGCGGCGGCGGUGGCGGACGCGGCGACAGCGGCGCUCAAGAGUCCGCUAUGGGUUCCGAGGCUCACGCCCACGCGCAAGGGCGACGACUUGUUUAUCGCUGUGUCGUACUCUAAGAAGGCUGGCGAUGGUGCCUCUCAGCAACCGUCGCAGCAGCAGUAGAAAGCGGUGGAGGUGACUUGGUAGGAGCCGUGGUACUAUGUUUUUGUUUCAUUCCUUUACAGAUACCCCAUGUUCGCACUCAUUUAUAUACACAUAUACAUACAUAUAUGUUCAUGUAUACACUUACACAUAUCUCUCCUUUUUUGGGAUAAAAGAACUCUCUCAGUCUUUCACGGCCUACAUGUCAUAUAUCUCAUAACUUUCCUUCCUCCCUAUAUCUUUAUCUUAACCUUCUUGUCAUUACAUUCCCUUUAUUAUAUUUUACAAUCUUUCCGUCUCAUCUUUAUUCCAUUUAACUU